AUGGCAACAGCAGUACCAAAAAAUGUUUCACCAUUAAUACGUGCUGGUCGUUGGAGUUUAUUAUUAACUGGUCUUGUCUAUGGACGUAUACAUCAUAAUACAUUAAAAAAACGUGAAGAACGUGCACGACCCAAAGAAAUUGAUCGUGUUACACAUCAUGCUAUUGAGGAAGUUGCUGAGCAAAAAAUAAAAGCUGAUCAAUCAAUGAUUGAUUUAGCUUAUGCAGCUGGUAUUGAUCCAAAUCAAGCACGUGUGAAAAAACAAGAACAUGCAGAAAAACACCAUUAG